GAUUUUUUUAUUGUAAAGUUCUAACUUCUGUCCUGGCUGGCAGCUCUCCAAAUCACCAUUCUUCAUCUUUAUUCUCACAGUUUUUAGAGCUUGAAGUUUAGUGAUUUAACAUUGAACUCAUUCCACGCACCUGUGUGGCAGGUAAAUCAGGAGGAUGAGGUACAUUACGUCUCAUUUAGUCUUCAUCACUGGACUCAUUAUGGGAUUUAUUUCCUCUCGUUUUCUGUUGGACUCGACCUUCUCAACAGAACAAGCUGCAUAUUUCAUGAGGAACGUCAAGCAAGUCAAACAGCGAGUCCACACAGUUGAGAACAAGAGCUCAGCAGCUACUUCCUCUCGCCCAACACGGAUCUUGUGCUGGAUCAUGACGGGGCCCAAGAACUUGGAAUCCCGAACGAAGCACGUCAAGGAAACGUGGGCUAAGCGCUGCAACCAAGUGCUGUACAUGAGCUCUGUCAAGACCGACUUCCCCACCGUGGAGCUGAACGUGAGCGAGGGGAGGGACAACCUGUACUGGAAGACCAUCCGAGCCUUUCAGUACAUCCACCAGCACCACCUGGACCAAGCAGACUGGUUCCUGAAAGCGGACGAUGACACGUUCGUGAUCGUGGAGAAUCUACGCUACACCUUGUCCAGAUACGAUCCGGAGAAGCCGUUGUACCUGGGCAGAAGGUUUACCCCCUUCAUCAAGCAGGGCUACAUGAGCGGAGGAGCAGGUUACGUCCUCAGUAAGGAAGCACUGAGGAGAUUCGUCAAAGGGUUCGAUACCGGGAAAUGCACCCACUUCUCCACCAUAGAGGACAUGGCAAUGGGCAAAUGUAUGGAGACGAUGAAGGUGGAGCCGGCAGACUCCAGAGAUGUGAAGGGGAGACAAACAUUUCAUCCUUAUCCUCCGGACCAUUACCUGGUCAGACAGCCCCCAAGACCACGGCCUUGGUAUCUGCUUUACGACCACUAUCCACCAGUAGAGGGUCCAGGUUGCUGCUCAGAUUUCGUUGUGUCCUUUCACUACAUUUACGCCAUCCAGAUGUAUGUGUUGGAGUACCUGACGUACCAUCUGCGGCCGUAUGGAUACAAAUACAGAUUUAAUCCGGAUGAGGAAGCUGAAAGUUCACAUAAAAAUACCUCUGCAUCAAUGAGAGGAGGAACUGAGGGUUUCUGGAGACCGGCUUAACUGUAACCUAUUUAAUUCUUUCUAACCGUAACUUUCUAACUUAAGGCUUGUCAGGUUUAAAGAUGUGUCGAUCCCCUCCACCUGUGUUCCUACAAGGGCUGAUUUCAACUGUGAAAACUGUGUUUACUUUGUAUGCAAUAAGAAAUGUAAGGAGGAAUCUUGAAUUUGUCUUCCUUAUUUUUGUCUUUUUAUGUCAGUGCUACGAACUGUUAUUGUUCUUUAAGAAGUCUUUCUCUGUGAAAACAUCGGUGUAUAUUCUGUGUCGAAGUUGCUGAAAGAAGCUUAAUGUGUUUGGCGGCAACACGGGUAAUUGACUUUGUGAUAGAUGGGGGUGUGUUGGUGAAAUCUGGUGGAAACUCAACUGGCUGACAUUAAAAAAAAACACCUACAAGUUGUAUUGAUAAGAAAAGAUGGAAAACCAAUGGAAAUUGAUCAUUAAAAUAAAAGAAAUGGCGCUAUACGGUACAUGUUUGUCCUGCAAACACAGCAGCGGUUUCUUGUAUACAUGUAGCCAUAUACUGUCAGAUGCACAUACAGCAUUAGUAGACGGUUAUGAUACAGGAGAGACUUCAGAGACCAGAACCAAAGCACACUGGAGCACACGAAUUAGGAGCAGCACUGUCGCUUUGUCUAGAUUUUUAGGCAUGAAGUAUUUUCUGAAUAUUACUGUUAUAGAGUUCAGUAUGUUGAAGGCAGCAUGCAGCGUUCUGUAUGUUUAACUGAAUUCAAGCAGAAGCUUUGUUGCAACAACUUGCUGUGUAUUUUAGUAUUCCCUUUUGCUAAAAACAAUAAUAUUUGAAUAUUCCUCCACUUAGCUGUCGUAUUAUUGUCUGACCAAGUGAAUGACAAAGCAAAAAUAACGGGACAGUUUUGGUCCGCAAUUAGAAUAGUUUGACAUUUUGGGAAAUAUUCACUCCUGGGAUUUAGAUCAGAAGAUUGAUAUUAUUGAUAUUGAUACAACUCAAAGUUUGUACAAUAAAUAUGACAACUCCUGCUUAACUUAGCUUAGUUUAGCUUAAAGGGCCAGCACCUCUAAAGCUGGCUUAUUAGCUUGUUAUAUCUUGUUUGUUUAAAGGUCCCACAUCGUGCUCAUUUUCAAGUUCACACUUGUAUUUAGUGUUUCUACUA